AUGAUUGGGAUGGAGCUGGGUUUGGGGCACCAUGGGGGCUCCUUGCACCCUCACAAUAUGCCACAACAUCAGAAUCAGAUGCACUCGCAAGGUCUUAUGCAUCAGACACAGCAGAUGCACCACGACGAUGUGGGAUCGGGAAACAUUAGCAGCAGUAGCGGCGUCAACGGUUUUUCACAAGAAGGUAAGUGCAAAAAUAAAACAUUGUAG